AUGUUUUACUCGCAUCAGCUACUGGCUCGCAAGGCUCCACUCGGCCAAAUCUGGAUGGCUGCAACAAUGCACGCGAAGAUCAAUCGGAGAAAGCUCGACAAGUUGAACAUUAUCAAAAUUUGUGAGGAGAUUUUGAAUCCUUCAGUUCCAAUGGCUCUCAGACUCUCGGGGAUUCUCAUGGGUGGCGUUGUCAUUGUCUAUGAACGAAAAGUUAAAAUCCUUUACGAGGAUGUAACUCGCCUUCUGGUUGAGAUAAACGAAGCGUGGAAGGUGAAAACAGUUACAGAGCCCACCGUUAUUCCCAAAGGAAAAUCUCUGGCCAAGAAGCAGGCAGUCACUCGGCCUAAGAAGGAUCCGAGAGACAUCGGAGAUCAUGAAUCACAGUCCAUUAACUUCUCCCGCAGCACCUCUCCAAUGAGGUUUCAACAAACCGCAUUUUUUACUUUGCGGCUCGACAGUGUGGAUGAACCAUAUAUCAAUGACAAAACAAUGGAAGAUGAUCCGUCACAAAACUUCCAUCAAACUGAUGCUGAAAAUAUAACCUUGCUCGAGCGUUUAGAUGAGUAUCAAUCAAAUACAAAUACGUUCAAUCGGUUUGAAAGAUUUGAUAUCGAAGAAGAUGAGGACACACAGCUGAAUUUUGCUUCUGUAGAUCAAACACAAAUUCCAGUUAUUCCAAGAUCUUCCCCUCCUCUUGACAACUAUCUAGAAGGCCCUCCGGAUGCUGAAGUCCAGGACCAACAUCUUGAACGCAAUGUCAUGCAGCAAGCCUAUGAACCCAAGGAGCUCAGACAGGUGAAGAAGGUGGCAAUAAAAAGGAAAACAAAAUGGACAGCAGCCUCUCAGAUGGACUAUGAACAGACCAUGGUUCCUGGAUACAUAUACCAAUCUUGGCUUCAAGAUGUCUCGGAUCUGGUCUCUAGAAGAGGAAGAAAAAGAAAGCGGACAGGCGCAAGGUCCUCUACGAAGGUAGCUAAUCUGAUGGAUCUUCCACCGGUGGUGUUAAGUGGUCGCUUAUUCUCAGAUGGAGGUAGAGAAGUCUAUUAUCCAGCUCCUCUGCUAGAGUUGUGGAUGAAAAGUAUCAGGAACCCCCGUGACUCACCUUCUGCGAGGAACUCUGCAGUAUUACCCCCUGAGCCAUCACUGUCUUCACAGCCAGAGAGAGUAAACUUUCCAGAUCAUAUGGAUUUUCCUUUUGAAGAUCAUCACAGUGGAGUUGGUUCUCAGUCAUUUGGAGCUUCAAUAGAGAAGCUAAGAACCAAACCAGUCAACGAAGACAUUCAAGCCGAGAUCCUUCUGGGAGAACUCAGACCCAACUUUAUGGACAAUGUAAUGAGGCUGGCUGAAAGAAAUCAGGUGGUUACACCUGGAAAUUCUGGAAUUGGAAUGAGGCCAGUUUCAAGCUCAGCAUCUGAACAUGGUGUAUUCUCAUAUAAUUCAGAGACCAAUUCUGCACGUUCCAACAAGAAAAGGCCUUAUUCUUCGUCGAGACAUAGUAGCGGAGGUCUCGAACCUGUAGAUGAGGAAAAUCAAUGGCAUCACUCUGAUCCAAAUUUCAAGUUAGCGAGGUUGUCUGAAAAUGAUACAGAUUUAUUGGUAGAAACUGCACGGACGCAAACUCAAGUAACUCAACCCGCGAUCAAGCAUUCUCCUGCUGACAAGAUAACUGAUUCCAUUCGAAUGCAAAUGAAAGCACAUUUUGAUACGCCAGGAGCCGCACCAACAGAAUCUUUAAACAACUUGACUGCUGGAAUGAACUGCAAAGCAGCAGCCAUGCUCUUCUAUCAUACUUGCGUUCUAGCUUCAAGUGAUUAUUUAAAAGUCGACCAACAAGUUCCAUUUGGAGAUAUUUUCAUCUCGAAAGGAACAAAAAUGUGA